UGGCUGGUGAACGUGGCGGUUGGAUGCGGGGAUGUUUGAACAGCCAAUCAGUGUUAGUCGCUUGAUUGUCCCCUGCAGCGAAGCUACUGUGGAGCUAUGCACUUGAGCCGCACUUUCCCAAUCCCUGCGGCCCACUGAAAAAAAAGUUGAUCGGUACUGGACCUUUUUUUGCAACUUUUAGAGGAGGGGUCUUCGUCAUAUCGAACCCAUCCUGCUGCGCCGAGUCGCCGACCCAACUACCACCCUCGCAUCUACAAGCUUGAGCAGUAGUACAUUGGUGACAACAAGGCCUCGGCGCUCAUCAUGAGGAAGAGAAAGGCUACAGAUAAAGAGGUCGAGGAUCUCGGAGUUCCCGAACCGAAACGUCGCGGCCCGGGGUCUUCACCGUUCGAAGAGGCUCUUGACGAUGACUUUGAUACCUUUGACGACAAUGGCUCCGAAUAUGGGCAGGACUCCAACGACGGAGACAAUGGGUUCACGACCGGCUCAGCCAACACGCCCUUGACUUCCCACUCAGGCAUGUCACCGCGCCGAUUCCCUUCCGACCUGAAAACCAUCAAGUGCACAUAUCCCGAUUGUGACAAGGCUUUCAACAGGCCUGCGCGUCUCGUAGCCCACCUCCGUUCUCAUAAGAACGAGCGGCCCUAUAAGUGUCCCGAGCCGGACUGCGAAAAGUCCUAUGUUGAGCAAAAGCACCUGAAGCAACACAUCAAAGGCUUCCACACCAAGGAGAGGGAGUACACAUGUCCAGAAGCAGGCUGCGGUAAGAGCUUCCUGACUUCAACUCGCCUCAAACGCCAUCAAGAUGUCCACGCUGGCGCUGAGCGUUUCCGAUGCCGGGAUUACCCUCCAUGCAACCAGUCGUUUCGCAAGCAUAACACUCUUCAACGUCACAUCCGCGCGGAGCAUCUCGGCAAGCCUGCCUUCGCUUGCACGCAAAGAGACGCCGAGACCAAAGAGCCCUGCGACGCUGCCUUCGACACCGCAGCGGCACUCAAGCGGCAUAACCAGCGAGAACAUGGCGACAUUAUUUUUUUCUGCGAUGAAUGCAAAACUGGUGAUGAUGACCGAGUCGGUUUCCCUACGCUCGAACUCCUCCAUAAGCACAUGCAGAAGGCCCACAUCAACUGCCCGUUCUGUGAACGAGUCUUUCCAGCAAGGACGGAACUAGAUAAUCAUAUCGAGACUCAGCAUUCUAAGAGCACCCUCGUCCAGCGGAAAAACGUACCAUGCACCUGGCCAGGUUGCAAUAAGUCGUUCGUCAAGAAGUACAACCUGAAUGUUCACGUUCGAAGCGUACAUGAGGGUCUGCGAUACGUCUGUGGGGAGGUCGACUUGACUGCUAACGAUGAUUUGAGGACUUGGCCUAAUUCCAAUGGCUGUGGAAAUGGCUUCGUCACCAAGGCCAACCUGGAAGACCAUGUGCGCUACGUCCAUCUUGGUAUGACACGGCCUCAGCCUGCCAAGGCACCCCUCAGGGCCGCAGAACAAAGACGUACAGCCGGCAACACCCUUGGCCAGCUCAUGGGCGGGACUUACUAUACCAUUCCCUGCACUGUACCGGGCUGCACACUCAAAUUUGUCCGUAAGGAUGAUAUUACGAUUCAUAUGCAGACGCACCACCGUGAGCCUGAUGCUGCGUCUUUCCCAGCAUGCUCACCUCUUCCAGGUGCUGAGAUUGCUCCGGUACUGGAUGAUUCGGUAUCCCGUGUCAUCGGAUUGACACCGGCUGGCAUCCCCACUACCCAAGAAGCGCCAGGUCAACAGAACGCCACUGAUUAUAUGCCGGAAGGCAACUGGGAAAUGGUGGAUGGUGGCGAAAUAUGGGCUCCGGACCCCUCGUACCAGCAACUUGCCUUUCCUACCUUCGAUCAGCAAUGGUGGGAGAACCAGGCCAACCAGGCAGUCCGGGGAAGACCGGUUGAUCGAAGCGAGUUCGAGGGAUUGAUUGACCCUGCUCUUGAAGAAAUGAGUUGAAGUCGGGAAGGCGCAAUUUGCUUCUCAGAAUUCAAUCAGCAAUGGUUGUGGAGCAGGGAAGAGAUCAAGAGGCUCAUUGUUCAGAACGGCAUUGCAGGACCUCAGAAGGAGCAUGGAAAUGAGUUCUUUGGAGAACACAUGGAAAGUCGCCAAUGAGCGGUGA